AGGCAAAUUGGAAACACGCAGCAGCUGCAGGCCUCCACUCCAAUAUGCUAUUCUGCCAGCUCCUAUCUUCUUCUCGGCAAAGUUCUGUUCUGCUGGUAUCGUAAGAGUAAGGAUUGUUUUAACAACGCGUAUGAGCGUCGAGGCCAAUGGAGCAGCAGCAAGCGCAGCAGGCUCAACACAAGAGAAAAGUAGUUUUAGCGACGGUCAACGGUAGCAGCCACCCGCAUGUCGUCGGUCCCACUCUCGCAAAGUCCCGCGCUGACCUACCCACGGAUCUCGAGUCGCGGCUUCAGAAGGCGUGGCUCCAGUCGCAGAUUCCGUCCGUUCCGCUGCAAAGCGAUUCCGCUUAUUCACUCCGGCCAUUAGGACCCGCUUCCGCAGCGGACGGAAUUUCCCCGUCCACCACCAUCCGCCCGAAGCGAACGCGCUCCCCCGAAAGGCCCUCCCGCUCGGGGGGAAACCUGGCGCAGUCGCUGCAGCAGCUGUGGAAACGAACCCACACCCCCUCUCCGCGGAAUUCCCAAGGCUCCCGGAGUUCCCAAGGUCUUGCGGGUCAGGCAACUCAUGCAGGCGUUGCAGGUGCUGCUGGAUUUGGAGCUUCUAGAGGGUCACAGCAGCGCGGGGGUUCCAGGCCUACGGGGCAGGCAGGUUCGGAUCCGCGUGCUAGGUAUGGGGCUGACAGGCUCGGGAACAGGCUCGGGGUGGGUGGAAGGAAUGGUGAUUCGUCGCCGCCGGGGUCAGUCGGCAGCACUGCCGUGUCUGGCGUCGAGGCUCGGAAUGAGGCUCGGCAGGGUUCCGGGACUUCAGGCUUGGCGCCAGGCUCGGUGCCAGGUCUGGAAGAAGUAACAUUUGACUCGCUGGUCCAAGAACUGCUGGGUAGUAAUCCGAACGUAACUAUAUCGGGUACAGGGUCGGGCGUAGGUGUGGCGGAUGUAGGAGAGUUGCGGAGGGACCGGGAAGGGAGACGGAAAAAGGCAGGGGUUUCAGCAGCUAUGGAUGUGAUUGUCUCAGCGGCUAAGGGAAAUGCCGGUGGAAACAGGGCGGGAGCAGCUGCAGCAGCAGGAGGCAAUCUCGAGGGGUCUGAGAAACGAAGCGGGAGCAGAGUGACUGCAGGGAGAACACAGAGAGGGAUGGGAGGCGAGGACAACGAAAAGACAGUUAACAGUAACAGUAACGGUAACGGUAACGGAAAUGGCUACAGUGACGGUGGUCAGAAUGUGAACAGCAAGCUGGCUGUGCCUGGGAGCGGGUCCAUGGAUCCGUUAUUGGCUGACCUGUUAGAAGAAGCUAUAGAUGAGCCUGUAGAGCUGCAGCUUGAUUCGAGUGCAGAAGUCAACAGUACAGAGAUGAACAGUGCGGAUACCAGCAGUGCUGGGCAGGGGUUGACUGGGGGAGGCACGUCUAUGGACUUUUCAACAGAUUCUGGCCCGGAAUCGAGCCUAGAUGCUUCUGUUUCCGUUUCAGCUUCUGCUGGUGCUAGUGCUGGUAAUGCUGCUGGUGGUAUUGCUGCUGGCUUAAGUGCUUUUGGGAGCGGUGGCAGCAGCCUUGGGAUUGCCGAUCUGGGGCUGAAUGGAGGGUCAGGAUUGGCGGAUCUGGGUGUGGAGGAGUUUCUGCGAGGCCUGGAUGGGCUGGACAAUGCGUUUGUGGAGCUCGAGGACAUGUUCCCAAUGGCGCCCAUCCCCACACUUCCCCCUGCUGCUGCUGCUGGUGGUGAUGGUGAUCCUGGUGGUGGUGGUGGCGGGAACGUGUCUGAAGAUAUGCUGGUGGAUGUGGUGGAGGGGAUGUCAGGGGGAGCAGGAGGUGCAGGAGGAGCAGGAGGAUUAGCAGGAGGAUCAGCAGGAGCAGCUGGAGCAGCAGCAGCAGGAGUCGGCGCCGCAGAUGCGGAUAUGGUUGCGUUCGUGCAGGAGCUGAUGGAUCAUGGGAAGGAGAUGGGGUACGCUAACGGUGAAAGGUCAACGGAGGGAGAUUCUUACACAGACACAACAGGUUACGCCACCACCACCACUGCUACAGGGACUAAUAGCGCCAGCCAGGGCAACAGGGCAGGUUCGGCCACGGACGGCAGCUGCCGAACCUCGGCCGCAGGUUCGGAGGCCACCGCGCCUUGGAGCCCGAAGCUGCUGGAGGAAGGGGAGGGCGGGAGGCAGGCUUGGGCGGGGAAGGUGACUCCGGAAGAGGCUCGGCAAGCGGAGGAAGCUCUGAGGAAGCUUCAUGGGGAGUGUACUAAGCGGUGGGAGGAGCGGAAGAGGGUGAGUAGCAGCCAGGGGGAAAGCAAGAAGAAGGGCUGCUGCUGCGUAGGGGGGGAUGGGGAUGGGGACGGAGGGGUGUGCCUGUGUGCUUGUUGCGACACUGCUACCAGUACAGCUGGCGCUGAUGGUGGUGCUGGUGGUGGUUGUGGUGCUGUGGGUGCUGCUGGUGCUGCUGCCUUGGUUGUUCAGGACGGAUCAAGAGCAACAGCAGGAGCAGCACAGGGUGGUGUGAGUCUAGGCGAAGUGCCUGUAUCAGGAGGAGGAGCAGCAGUAGAAGCAGACCCAGGCAGUGGCGCCGCUUUAGAUCCUAACCGCACCUGCCAGAACAACACGGGCUACACCAACGGCCAGGAUUCAGCAGCAGCAGGCAAAGAUGAUCGAACGCGCGGCGUGAGUUUAGGCGAAGUCCCAGUGGGUGGAUUCGGACCAGCUGUGGUGGAAGAGCAGACAGCUCCAAUCUCAGGAGCAGCAAUAGCAGCAGCAGCAGGGGCAUCAGCAGCAGCAGAGCAGCAAAAGGGUCCCAGUGAACGGAAGGGAGCUUGCUGCGUUGGUCCGGACUCGUGGGGAGAGUGUGCCAAGAAGGGUGACCCCAUCGCCCUCCUAGUCUCAGUCGCCAAAGCCAUAGUCACCGGGGAUCAAACCCGCGUGCACCAGCUGCUAUCUAACCUCAAUGAGGUGGCGUCGGUGUACGGGACGGUCACUCAGAGGCUGUCGGCUUAUUUUCUCGAAGGGCUGAUUGCUAGGGUCGCCGGGGCUCCGCCGAAGCACUCAACGAGCUUGUUUGACAGGUUCGACUCGAGCUCGGGGGUCCUGGCGGGGAUAGGCGGGGAGGGAGGGGCGGGGGGAGGGCUAGGGGCAGAGGAGGAGGCGUGUAGGGGGGGAACGGGGGAUGGGGCGGGGUUUGGCCGUAUGUUUGCAGACUCAGGGGGGGAAUUGGGGGGUGAAUUGGAUGGGUUUGGGGGUCCAGGGGAGAUGGUGGGUGGUAGGACUAGUGGUGGUGAUGCGUGUGGGGCGUUUUCACAGCAGCUGUUAGAGGAAGGGGGGCAGUACUCGGAGGGAGGGGAGCCGUUUGAGCAGAGGCAAGAGGCGGGGGAGUUGACGCCAGGCGAAGCUGCCCUCAUUCCAAAGCCGGGUGCCUUAAAGCUUGGGGAGCUCACCGGUGUGGUUGCUCCCGCUUCCAGAGGCGCUGCUGUGCCUGCUGCUCCUCAGAAUGUCGACUGCAACCGCUCACUGCUCGAGUCCUUCCAGGUGCUGGUAAACGCCACGCCCUUCCUCACGUUCGGUCAAGUGGCUGCCAACAGCGCCAUUCUCGAGGCAGUGGCAGACGAGCCCCGCGUGCACAUCAUCGACUUUGGCAUCGGCCACGCCCUGCAGUGGCCCGCGUUACUACAAGCCCUGGGUGCCCGGCCCGGGGGUCCGCCCCACGUGCGAAUGACGGGGAUCGAGGUGCCCCAAUGCGGGGCCAUGUCUCCCUACUGCGCGAUGAAAGCCGGCAAAAGGCUGGAGAUGGCAGCGGCCAUGUGGGGCGUGCCUCUGCAGUACCACUGGGUGAUGUCUCGCCUGGAGGACGUCACCCCAGCCAUGCUCAACCUGCGACCAGGCGAGGCCGUCGCAGCCAACUGCGCCCUGCGCCUCUCACAGCUCCUAGACGAAUCAGAGCAGCCCAACGCCGCUGCCAACCCUGCCACCGCUGCUAGUGCAGUCUUCGCCAAGCCUGCUCCCGAGCCUGAUCCCGAGGCAGACAGGGCAGGCGCGGACCAGGCAGAUCUGGACGGGUCGUAUCUAGGCACGGCAGAUUUGGACAGUUCCGAUUCUGACAGCUCGCCACGCAUGCGGGUGCUGCGCACAAUCCGCAUGCUUCGACCCAAGGUGGUGACGGUGGUGGAGCAGUACAGCAACCACUCCUCGCCCUUCUUCCUCGCACGGUUUUAUGAGGCGCUCUACUACUAUGCUGCACUCUUCGAGUCGAUCGAUGCCUCUCUUCCCCGGGACGAGGUUGCAAGAAGAGUGUUUGAGGAGCAGGUGGGUGCUAGGCCGGGCAAUAGUGAACCUGGUGGCAUGUGAGGGGCAGGAGAGGGUGGAGAGGCAGGAGCCCUUGGAGCAGUGGCAGCAGCGGAUGCUAAGGGCGGGGUUCAAGCCGCGGGGCGUUAGUGAGGGUGUGGUUACCACCCUCCAUGCACUGUUACAAACGUACAACAAGGUGGGGCAUGACGUGCGGAGAGCAGACGAAGCGAGUGUGGUGCUGACGUGGAAGGGUAACCCCCUGCUGGCAAUGAUGGCGUGGGAACCACAGGGAUAGUGCAAGAAGGGUCGCAUGGUAACCAGAUGUAAGAUGGUAUAAGAUGGGUUGGGUGGGUACCCAAGAACUGACGUGGAAGGGCAACCCCCUGCUGGCCAUGAUGGCGUGGGAACCACAGGGAUAGUGCAGGGAUAGCCACAUUGUAACCAGGUGUAUGGCGGCAUGGUAACCACAAGGAUAGUGCCGGAAGAACCACAUGGUAACCAGGUGUAUGGUGGCAUGGUAGCCAACACUUGACGCACCCCAUCACCUCACAUGGAAGAGCAACCCUCUGCUGGCCAUGAUGGCAUGGGAACCACAGGGAUAGUGCAGGGAUAGCCACAUGGUGGUAACCAGAUGCCUGCCUGACGGGAGCACUUGAAGCCCCUUCAUUCCGACAUGGAAGGGCAACCCUCUGCUGGCCACGAUGGCGUGAGAAGGAACCACAGGGCUGAUGCAAGGAUCGCUGGGGGAGGGGAGCUGUGUUUGUGGCACGCAGGGUGGCGCUAAGGGUGGAACUUUCACCUAUGUGUCUCAAUGAACUGCUGCUGUGGCUCCUGAAAGCCGGAUGGAGAUCUCUCGACAAACUACUGUAAUUAUGCACGCUCGUGUCUGCUGUUUGAGGGUUAUAAAUGUUGUAUUAUAUGAAUGGCUAUUUGCAAGCUUGCAGACAUGAUGAUGCCCUUAUUAAGCAGCCU